CCGCCAAUCAAAGCAGUCGAAGCGAGUUGUCGCCGUAAUUUGAAAACACCGUUUAGCUCGGAGGCUUCUGGUGGUGCCGACACACUGAUUCAAACCAAAGUUAUCGAUAGUUUAUUCUUUUAUUUUAACCACUUGACGCAAUGGACGCUUGUAACGAAGAGGAUAUCAAAAUGUACUUUUAUGAAAACAGACUGAAAACUUUCGAGGGGUGGCCGUUCGACGAGGGCUGCUCGUGUACGCCGGAGAACAUGGCCAAAGCUGGCUUCAUUCACACCCCUUCAGAGAACAGUCCAGACAUCGCCAUGUGUUUCUUCUGCCUCAAAGAGCUAGAGGGCUGGGAGCCGGAGGAUGACCCUGAAAAGGAGCACAAAUCUCAUUCACCAUCUUGCAACUUCAUCACCCUGAAGAAGACAGUGACGGAGCUGACUGUGGAGGAAUUCUUUAAACUACAGAAGGAGAGGCACAAGUUCAUCAUUAACAAAUCCUGUAACGAGGCCCUCACCAAGUUGGAAGAGGCUGCCAAAUUGAGAAGAGGAGAUAUCAUCAAGACGGCCAUGGGAGAAGAGUGACAGGAGAAUGGAUGCUGAUGAAUGAGAUGGGCGGAGUGUGAGAUUAAUUGUAGAUGGAAGGCGGCUGUCUGGUUUCCCCCGAUGUCAUUUCUAUGUUCUUUUGUAUGUCUCCUUUGUAACGCUGUACUUCUGUCAUCUUUUAAUGUCUUCUGUUUUUAUAUCUUAUGUUUUUAUUCAUUAAACAUGCUCUAUCUGGUUACCUUUA